AUGAUUGUGAACAAUUAUGAUGAGGAAACCAGUCUUGGUAACAGAGACAAUCAACGAUUUAAUCAAAUACGAACAAAUUGGUUUCACAAAACGCGACAACCGGCUUUACCAGAUUUGUAUGAACAAGCAAUAACGACGACAACAACAACGACUACAAUUAAUAAGGAAGCGAAUGUGACAACGGACGAAACGACAGUUUUGGACAAAAGUCCAUUGAGACGCGUCAAUCUUAUUAGUGGACCACAGUCAGCGUAUGCUCGACUUUUUCCGGAUAAAUAUCGACAGGAACAAGAAGAUUUUGUGCGAAGACAACGUUCAAAAUCUACCGAUGAUCGUCGAUAUAAUUUCGAUCGAAGUUUCAAUCAACGCAUAGCUAGUGAUGACGAUUGUGAUGAUUUGAUACGUAAAUCUCGACACAUGUCAUUCUGCGAACAACAAAACGAACCUUUAUUAUCCUCGGAACAAGCCGAUUUAGGUGCUCGAACACAAUCAUUCCCAUGUCUAAAUGAUAAAUCAUUAGAAGUACCGUUCAACUAUGAUCCUAAUCCAGAAAUUGUCUACAAAGAGAAUCCCGACGAGAUUGUGUAUGUUCAAAAAGUUGGAGUACGAUAUCUCGAACCACCUACGCCACCGCCACCUGAACCAAUCAUUAUCCGAGAAAUACAAUCAUCACCAGCGCAAGAACUACCUCCACUCGUUCUCUCUACGACGCCACCAGUUAUACCUCGAACUCCAUCUCCUAUAAUUGUUCGUGAAGAACCUCCAACGCCGCCUCAAAUUCAACCACCAAAAAUCAUCACCAAAACACUUCCACCACAACCGGCACCACCGCGUCGCGUGAUUAUCAAGCGUAUACCUCCAUUUCCAGCCAAGCCUCGUCCUCUAAUCAUCGAGAAAUGGUUGCCGUACAAGCCAGUACCCGAACGUCCGGUUAUAUACGAACGUGCCGAGCAAGUGGAACAAAUACAAGCUCCACAGCGUAAUGUCAUCCUUCAAUAUGAUCCUCCACGUGUUCGUAUUGAACAGGACGUUCAAAAUGUUGGUUGCUUUCGUGUUGAUCCAGAAAUUUAUCGUGCUCAAUUCGGUUCAACCUUACGACGAUCAACUAGUAUUCGAAAAGUUCUCGAAGACAUUGGCUGUGAUCCUGAUGUCGUCGCAACUCGAUCUUAUCAACCAUGCGAGCCAAUCACUCACACGACAAAUAAUCUUAUGAUCAACAGUGGUGUACCUCACCAACACCGAACAUGUUUUACUGAAGAGCAAUUAUCGGAGUUGAUGGAUCCCGAAGCAAAUAUACGUCGACAGUAUGAACUGCCAACAGCAACGACGAAUAACAACGAAAUCUUUUACACAACAGUCUUAUCAAAUAGUUAA